AUGCUCUCCAGUGCGCUGAGGUUUGUAAAACCCGUCAAGCGGAUGACGGCAACUGCUGGAAGGAUCGUUUUUUCUAGCAUCACAAACACCCAGAAACGCGUAAGCACAUCAUCACAAGCCACAACCAAGUCGACUUUGGUUCUCUCUGAUGAGGACCGCAAGCUAAUGCCUCAGGGGAUCGCACAACCUACCAUAGCGGAGCCCGGUGGAGUUAAUGCACAGCAAGAACCAAGGAACGCUUCAGAUACCAUGGAUGCAAGUACCGCUGUAGGGAUCGGGAACCUUCGCAGAGGAAAUAGCGGUGCAUCCACACAUGCUGGUGGUUAUGCACCGUGGGAAAUCCGCGCGCUCCUUGUUCCACUGUUGCCUGUAGGCAACACCUUUGUUCACAUAAGUAGCGUCAUCCACCUUCUUCCUUCGGCAGCACGGAAGGAAAUGGAGCGUGAGGGGACACCCCUUCAGUACAUAGAGAAAUAUCUAUCGGACAGUGUUAUUGUCAGGGGGAGCCUGCUCUCGCGCAUCACAACAGGUGCAAGCAGUUGUGACAAGGGGAAUGGAUGUAACAAAGCUUCUGUUGCGCCGCCACCGCCUCCCAUUUCCGUUGGUCGUGCAAGCGGUCCAGCUUCACAGCAGCAGCAGCAGCAGCAGGGCUUGCCUCCGCGAGGUGGUGCGGGUGCGAAAACAACUCUUGAAGUGUUGGAUAUGUUAAUUGAAUUCAUUCCAACCUUCUUUGUACAACACCAGAUGGUAGCCGACCAGUUGCCGUCUGAAAUUACAAAGCAGUUUGCUGACAGUAGUUUUCUUUAUUAUCUCAAGCGGUUCCGUCACUACAUUGACAUACGUGCCAGCCACGGGAACACUGAAAUCCGGCUCCGCCCCGAUUUUUCACACCCUAAGCGGGGUGCAGCUGAUUCUCUCUACACCACUGGACUGAGCAGCAAUGACAUAUUGAGCCAACUCGCCCGCGGUCGAAGGCCACCACGACACUCAGAGGCCAACUUAAUUCAAUUCAUAGUGCCACGAAUGCCCAUCGAAUACACUCCAAUAGCUACCGUCCUGCAGGAUGUGUCAGAUAUCGUCUCCCGCCAUCCCUCCUUUGAUCCUCGUCUCGGGGUAACGGGUCUCUUCGAGAAAUACCCAGAAUAUUUUCAGAUCACUGACUCCAAACUGCGAGUUCGGCCGUUUCGCAGUGCGCCAAAUUCAUUGGAUGAUUUGAACGCUACUACCUCACCCCUACCUGCUAUAUACGAGAAGGUUAAGCAACUGGUGGAUGCACAGGCCGAGGGAAAGGACUACAGUAAAGAGUCAGAGAAGGCAGCUGCCAUUGUGCCGACUGGUAAACUAUACGCGCUACUUACUAACGUAGAAAAAACGGAGGUAAAAGCAAAAUGUCGCUCCUUCCCGCGUUUCUUGCGGCUGCACGGCGAGGAGAUUGUGGUAUCUGUGGACAGCAUGAAGGUGUACAAGUUCCGGCCAACGUAUGAACCCUGCGCAGAAACUCUUAUGGAUCAGCGGCUUAUGAUGAGUUCACUCUCCCCUAGUGACCCCGUACUAAAGAUACCAGCCACAAUGGAGGAAAGCAGUUCUGCUGACUGGGCCGUACGGGAGCUGUACGACGCGUUGCCGCUUAUGCAGUGUGCUGAACUUAGUGAAGUGAUGUCGCUCGUUCCGCCCUCCAUAAGGGAUGCACUGCCAAAGGAGCUGGAGAAGCUUGUGGAACAUUUGGCAUUGUAUCCCGACUACUUCGCCACCUGGCCCUACCCCGACGAUCCCACUGUGAUGGUGGUUCAGCGAGCAAAGCUGGAGCCGUUGCACUUAAAGAACGAAGACAUUGUGAGGAUGGUUCUUUCGUUUAUUCCCCAGGGCGGUAUUGAAGCGCACAAGCUGAUGCGUCGCGUCCCGCUUCCUCUUCAAAGACACUUCUACCGCCACGGGUUGAAGAGGGUGCUUGGCGAACUUAAGGACUACUUUUUGAUUGUUGGUGAUAAGGUUAUGCGCGUAGGUUGA